AUGGCGAACAACCUGACAGAGGAGCAAAUCAACGAGUUCAAGGACGCUUUCACCCUCUUCGACAAGGAUAACGAUGGCGUGGUGACUGCCAAGGAGCUCUCCACGGUGCUCAAAUCGCUGGGCCACAGCCCCACUGAGCAGGAGCUUGGCGAGAUGAUUGCCAGCGUGGACACCGAUGGCAAUGGACAAAUCGACUUCUCCGAGUUCCUCACCAUGAUGGCGAGACGAAUGAGCGAGGUGCAGGGUGAAGACGACGAUCUGCGGGCUGCAUUCAAGGUCUUCGACAAGGAUGGCAACGGAUUCAUCUCGCCGCAAGAACUGCGUCAAGUGAUGAUCAAUCUGGGCGAGAAGCUGAGCGAGGAGGAGAUCGAUUCCAUGAUUCGUGAAGCAGACUCCAACGGUGACGGCCAGGUGGACUUUGAGGAGUUCGCUCGCAUGAUGGCCAGCAAGGCGGGCGCCGAGUGA